AUGUCGUCCUCGCCCAGGUCCAUCCUCUUCGUCACGGGCAACGCCAACAAGCUCAAGGAGGUCCGCGCCAUCCUCCUCGCCUCGGCCCACAGCUCGGGCGCACCCGCACCCUUCACCGUCGAGUCGCAGGACCUCGACCUCCCCGAGAUCCAGGGCACGACCCAGGAGGUCGCGAGGGCCAAGGUCAGCGCCGCCGCAGACGCCAUCGGCGGGCCCUGCAUCACCGAGGACACCGCGCUCGGCUUUGAGGCGCUCGGCGGCCUUCCCGGCCCGUUCAUCAAGUACUUUAUGAAGUCGGUCGGCCACGAAGGCCUCAACAACAUGCUCGCCGGCUUCCCCUCGAAGCGCGCGACGGCCAUCUGCACGUUCGCCUACUCGGCCGGCCCGGGCAGCGAGCCCAUCAUCUUCGAGGGCCGGACCGAGGGCAAGAUUGUGCCGGCGAGGGGCCCGACCAACUUUGGGUGGGACCCGGUGUUUGAGCCCGAGGAGGGCAACGGCCAGACGUACGCCGAGAUGGACGGCGCCGAGAAGAACAAGAUCUCACACCGGUACCGUGCGCUCGAGAAGCUGCGCGUGUUCCUCAGCGAGCAGGAGGCGUGAGCGAGGGCGAGGAGCGCUGCGGGGCGGGUCCUGCGCAGGAGGCGCCCUUUCGAGAGGGGCAAGGGGCGAGGCGAUAGACUGUAGCAACAGUGCAUUCGGAUGUUCUCCUUC